AUGGGUCUGCAAAGCAUAGAGCAGAUGAGAUUAAUUGAUCUUCUUGGUGAAGAAGUCGGAUUCAGCGAAGGUAAUAGCAGCAAUAUUGGGAUUGUUGGUCUGACAGGUGACGCGGCCCAAGUUGCUUGUUUUAAUAACAGGCCCGUACUGGUCGAGAAGGCGCUGAUGAUUUCCAAGAUGUAUCUUAGGCAAUGGGGAUCGCGAACGGCAUGUCCGUUGAUUGUAAUGGACACCGGAACGACCGCAGCGGUAACCUCUGAGGUCUCCAUGAGGACCGUAUCCUUUCCCUGGAAGCAGAUCCCCGGUGGAGCGGACGUCCUGAUUGACGUCGCUAUGGCUAGAAGUUGCCAGCGCUUCUCAGGGUUCAAACGGUACCAUGCCAAAGCCCCGAAAGGAACCCAAUUGCGUGCCGGAUAA